AUGCAUACCCUACAUCUCCUUGUUCCUCUCCUAGCAGCUGCGUCCUUUACCCAAGGUGCAGCUAUACGCCAUGAACCGCAGCCGACUAACUUACCACCUGCAUUUAAAGAGCUUGAGUCAUUAAGGCCACUAUCACACUGUGACAUCUCAACCAGAAAACUUCCAAAGAGAGGCAACCCUCCAGAACUACCGGACCCUGAAGCAAACCUUCGACUUAAAUAUAUCACAUUCGGCGUUGGUACCCAAAACUACACCUGUGCUGGCGGUGUUACCAAACCUACCCCUAUCGGUGCUGUGGCGACCCUUUACGAUGGCUCUUGCCUCAACAAUAUAAAUGCUCGAGCUAUGAGCAUUCUCAAUUAUAUCACAUUGCAUACUUCGGUAUCGUCGGCAUCUUGGGUGCUGGAAAGCUUUUUAAAAAUGCCUAAGCUCGGCCAGCAUUACUUUACCGAAGGGAGGCCAUUUUUCGACUUGACAACUCGUGGCGGCUCAGACAGAGCCUUCGUAUCUGUGGUAGCAAGCGUUCCUGCUCCCAGUGGUCUCGAUGUUCCCUGGCUAAGGUUAAACAAGGUGGAGGGAUCCGGUAUAAAGAUUGGCUAUACUGCGCAAUAUUGGGUAUACGGCUAA